AUGUAUAAGGAGAAUAAAUGUUCCCGUUUCAAAAAAUCAAAAAAGCAAAUUGACACUCUUAAUGACUUUUACUAAAAAUAAUAAAUAUGGGGAUAAAAUACAAUUAAAGAAAUAGCCAACGUAACCAAUUUACCAAAAGAAAAGAUAUAUAAAUGGUAUUGGGAUCAAAACAAAAAAUUCAAGUAGGAGAUUCCAACAGAUGUUAUAGAAGGAGAGAUCAUUGUUAAAUAAGAUCAUUUGACUUCAAACACCCAUGAAAUAUUAUAUUGUAAUGGACUCUAAAUAAAUUAAGAAGUGGAUGAAAAUUUAAAAAAUAAGCUAAUUAAAUUAGCUAGAGAUUUGAUUUUAAUCAAAUGA